ACAAACAGGGCUGUGAGGACCGCUGUCCUCAGGGUGCCCUGGCUGAGCUGCCCUGGGAUAAUCACUUAGAACGGACUGUUGCUGGUACUACCUUUCACAAGGCAAGGGGACUGCACAGAUGUGCACAAUGCAAGGGGCCCCUCUGAGCUACCUUAUAUAAUGCAAGGAGACUACACAGAUGUGCACAAUGCAAGGGGCCCCUCUAAGCUACUUUACACAAUGCAAGGGGACUGCACAGGUGUGCACAAUGCAAGGGGCCCCUCUGAGCUACUUUACACAAUGCAAGGGGACUGCACAGGUGUGCACAAUGCAAGGGGACCCUCUGAGCUACCUUAUACAAUGCAAGGGGACUGCACAGGUGUGCACAAUGCAAGGGGACCCUCUGAGCUACCUUAUACAAUGCAAGGGGACUGCACAGAUGUGCACAAUGCAAGGGGACCCUCUGAGCUAUCUUAUACAAGGCAAGGGGACUGCACAGGUGUGCACAAUGCAAGGGGCUCCUCUGAGCUACUUUACACAAUGCAAGGGGCCCCUCUGAGCUAUCUUAUACAAGGCAAGGGGACUGCACAGGUGUGCACAAUGCAAGGGGCUCCUCUGAGCUACUUUACACAAUGCAAGGGGACUGCAAAGGUGUGCACAAUGCAAGGGGCCCCUCUGAGCUACUUUACACAAUGCAAGGGGACUGCACAGAUGUGCACAAUGCAAGGGGCCCCUCUGAGCUACUUUACACAAUGCAAGGGGACUGCAAAGGUGUGCACAAUGCAAGGGGCCCCUCUGAGCUACUUUACACAAUGCAAGGGGACUGCACAGAUGUGCACAAUGCAAGGGGCCCCUCUGAGCUACUUUACACAAUGCAAGGGGACUGCAAAGGUGUGCACAAUGCAAGGGGCCCCUCUGAGCUACUUUACACAAUGCAAGGGGACUGCACAGAUGUGCACAAUGCAAGGGGCCCCUCUGAGCUACUUUACACAAUGCAAGGGGACUGCACAGAUGUGCACAAUGCAAGGGGACCCUCUGAGCUAUCUUAUACAAGGCAAGGGGACUGCACAGGUGUGCACAAUGCAAGGGGCCCCUCUGAGCUACUUUACACAAUGCAAGGGGACUGCACAGAUGUGCACAAUGCAAGGGGACCCUCUGAGCUAUCUUAUACAAGGCAAGGGGACUGCACAGGUGUGCACAAUGCAAGGGGCCCCUCUGAGCUACUUUACACAAUGCAAGGGGACUGCACAGGUGUGCACAAUGCAAGGGGCCCCUCUGAGCUACUUUACACAAUGCAAGGGGACUGCACAGAUGUGCACAAUGCAAGGGGACCCUCUGAGCUAUCUUACACAAUGCAAGGGGACUGCACAGGUGUGCACAAUGCAAGGGGCCCCUCUGAGCUACUUUACACAAUGCAAGGGGACUGCACAGAUGUGCACAAUGCAAGGGGCCCCUCUGAGCUAUCUUACACAAUGCAAGGGGACUGCACAGGUGUGCACAAUGCAAGGGGCCCCUCUGAGCUACUUUACACAAUGCAAGGGGACUGCACAGAUGUGCACAAUGCAAGGGGACCCUCUGAGCUAUCUUAUACAAGGCAAGGGGACUGCACAGGUGUGCAUAAUGCAAGGGGCUCCUCUGAGCUACUUUACACAAUGCAAGGGGACUGCACAGGUGUGCACAAUGCUCCAGUGUGCACAGUGGCACUGACUUCAGGGCUGCUUCUGACACAACACCUGUGGAGCCUGCAAGUGACUUUCAUCCCACUCCCUCUUCCCAGGAGACUGAACUCCUGGAGGGCGGGAUACUUUUUGCCUUUCUUGGCAUCCCUCACUUUGCAUAGUGCUUGAGGCAUAGCAGGUGCUUAGCUUUGUUACAUUCGUUAGCUCUGGAAGGAUUUCCUUUAGGGGCCUCAGUUUCUUCCUCUGUUAAAUGGGAGGGUUAGCCUGGUGGUUUCUGAGGUUCCAUGAAGCCCUAAAUAAAUCAAGGAUCCGCUUCCUUCCCUGGGCCUCAGUUUCCUACUUUUUAAAAUGGGCAGGUUAGACUAGAUGAUGUCAGUUAAACAACUAGAGCUCCAGCUUCCUACUCAUUCCAGCAGUGGGGAACCAAGCUCCAACCCUACCCCGGUGACCCUGGACCUCAGUUUCCUCAUUAGGAAAAGAGGAAGUUGCUCUAGGUACAGCUAAGGUCCCUCCGGGUCGGAGACGUGUGAAAGGGCAGCCCUAACCGGAGAGCAACAUCCUCAUGCCAGCGGCCUGUGCCCCCAGUGUAUGACGGACCCCGGGCACCUUCCUGGGGUGACGCCUCAGGGGAAGUCCCCAGAAGGACCCCUUGGGGGAAGCGGAAGCAGUAACUGUCUACACGGAGCAAGCAGACCCAAAGGAGAGACGGCUGCCCUGGCCCGGAUGAAGCUCGAGGGUCAAGUCUGAGAGGUCUCCGGGCGGUGCUCCCGGAAGAACUGCUGUGCUCCCGCUCCCUAGCGCCCCAGGCCCUCCCGUAUCCCCCUCCCCCCUUCUGGGCGGAGAGGGGGGAGGGGAGGAGACAGCCAACAGUGGCUUUAGCAAAUGAAUGAAUCUAUUAGCCCGUAAUUCCAAACCCAAACGACUGCGUUGGCUCCUUCUCUGCCCCAUCCAUCUUGUUACCGGGCUGUGGGGAACUGGGGAAAGCCUCCGCCAAGAAAUUUAUUAACUCGGAUUUAAAUAAAAUGGUAAUUCUGUAACAGCCUUUUUUAACGCAAUUAGGGAGUUUGAAUCACUCACCUGCAAACUGCUGAGAGCCCAAAUGCCACGGGGAUAAAUCAAACCCGCGAGAUCGACAUCUUUCCACGGCCCCGUGGGGGGAGGG